GGGUGUUGCUCCUCACUGCGGGGCACCUCCCAGCCACUCCGUACCGCUGGUGUCCACAGCAACGCUCCUGGCCCCCAAGUGUCAUCCCUGGCUGCUGGGUCUCGGAUGCGAUGCAGGCCAUCAAGUGUGUGGUGGUGGGUGAUGGAGCCGUGGGCAAGACAUGCCUACUCAUCAGCUACACCACCAAUGCCUUCCCCGGAGAAUACAUCCCCACUGUGUUUGACAACUAUUCGGCCAAUGUGAUGGUGGACAGUAAGCCUGUGAACCUGGGGCUGUGGGACACCGCAGGCCAGGAGGACUAUGACCGCCUCCGGCCGCUCUCCUACCCGCAGACGGAUGUGUUCCUCAUCUGCUUCUCGCUCGUCAGCCCGGCCUCCUAUGAGAACGUCCGAGCCAAGUGGUUCCCUGAGGUACGACACCACUGCCCCAGCACCCCCAUCAUCCUGGUGGGUACCAAGCUGGACCUGCGAGACGACAAGGACACCAUUGAGAAGCUGAAGGAGAAGAAGCUGGCUCCUAUCACCUACCCGCAGGGCCUGGCACUGGCCAAGGAUAUUGAUUCAGUGAAGUACCUGGAAUGUUCUGCACUCACCCAGCGAGGCCUGAAGACCGUCUUCGAUGAGGCCAUCCGGGCCGUCCUGUGCCCACAGCCCACACGACAGCAGAAGCGUCCCUGCAGCCUGCUCUAGGGGUCUCACCCCAGCCCCCCCACCCUGAUGGUCUUGACCCUCCAGGGUCCCCACCGAAGCCCAACGAUGUGCUGAUGGGACAUGUCGUCCCCACCUUGUGGUGUUGCUUCCCAGACAGCUGCAGAACCUGCCCAUCUCCUCAAUGGAGUCCCCUGGGGUUGGGAGGAUGUUGAUAGGCCACACCCUACCUGGAAUGCUCCUGUGUUCCCAGGGGCCAGAGGGGAGCCCCAAGACUCAGCCAUCCAUCCUCAGGUCGUAUGGCAUCAUGUACCCACCUGCCCCAGGCCUUCCUGACUCCCCUCUUGAAGCCUCUGGUUCCCAUACGCCUGCCACCAUGUCUCUAAGGACAGGCUCUCUUGCUCCAGUACUCCUGGUCCGCCUUGUUCGAGUCAUCUCCUUCCCUGCAUCAAAGGGACAGAUGCGUGAGUCUGCUCCUCUGUUCUCUUUUUUUCAGAAAAACCCAGAACAAGUCCAUUUCUGUAAAUCUCUUGUGUGCCCAGCCAAGUGAGGGGCUCAGCCCACCCCUCCCGUCUCUCAAGACUUCCUGUUCUACUCAAAGGGUCCUGAGCUGUAUUUUCUUGGUACUGUCCACCUCACCCUGCCAGCCAGGACCUGAACCACUGCAGACAGAACACACAGUUCUCUUGCUUAUGCGGAAAAUAAAUGUAUUGA